AUUUUGAGGACACUCCAAGGGUUAAAGCUAGAUUCUUAUAGAGACUGUUUCUCACCUUUCUAGCACCUCUUCCAGCUACAUCAUUUCUGCCCUUUCUUGUAAAGGCCAACAAUUCCGAGCCACAGGCAGCUUGGUCUGAAACACCGACCUCUCUGUAUGGGAGGAGGCACUUUUGACAGUGUCUUGGUAGCCUUCCACAUAAAUGAGUGCAUGGUAGACUUUUUUCUUCGUCAAAGUCGUAGAGCGGAAGGAGUCAAAUGGCGUUAACCAGCAAGAGUCUAUCCAAACAUGGAGGCCAUUACCAUUUUGAAUAUUUUUUCCAGAGUUGGGGUGCAAACAUCUGUAAAACCGUCUUAUCCAUUAGGGUGUGGUAAUUUAAGAACUUCAUUUACCUAGUAACUUAAUUGACAUUCUUCUCGUAUAUGAUGCAUUCUAUGUUGCAUUACCUGUGCUUUACAUAUAUAUCACCACUAUACAAUGUGGAUAAAGAUUGUUGGGGGUGAAAGCUAUAUAUAAGAAUGAAAGUUUCUGUUAUAUUGAUGUUACCAACCAUUUCUUUCCACAUUUAUCUUUUAGAGUUUUUACUAAAUUGAAGAAAAUGUUAAGAGGUUAUCAAUUCCUGCAAUUUACUCAAUCAAAUGCUGGAAGGAAUCCAGAUAAAUGGUGAUUGUAUUAUUAUAAUUCUUUUGGUCACCAAAUUGCUUAGUCUACUUGCUCUGCAAUAUGGGUUGUGUGGUUUUCUUGUCGUCUAGCUCUGGGCUUUAGAAAAUGAUAACAGAGUCAUAAACUUGAUGACUAGUUUUCCUGUGCGCUGCUAUUGAUGAGUAACUGAUAAGCAGGUUCGGAUAUGAGUGCUUGCAGAUCAUUCAUUGAAGUUAAAAUUGCAGUGCACUGUCUGUCUGUCUGUUUGGUGAAAUUUAGACAAUGAUGUGGGAGCCUUUCAUUUAAUUUAGACAUACAAUGACAAGAAUCCACGCGGACUAACCGCCAAAGACGUGAGCAUUGCUCUGACAAGAACUUUAAUUCUGCUGAUGCAAAUAAUAAGUAUUUUAUAGCAGAGUAAGAAGAAUAGACAAAUAUUAAUCACUAAAGUCCACUUUAUUUGAUUAUACUAAUUACAUAAUUAUGGAGUCUGGAAGAGUCCUUUAAUUGGAAGUUGGAAGUUUUGUGAGGAUUACGUAAUUACGAGGGGGUCCAUAAAUUAUUAACUAUUGACUCUCAGUAGGCCCUCAAUCAAUAUCAAGCACGAAGCCAAAACCCCAGGUAACAGUUAGUAUUAGUAUAUAUAUUAGUAUAUAUAUAUAUAAUAUACAUAUAUUUAUUCUACCUGCCGAGAGCUCAUUCAUAUGAUCGAAAUUUGAAAUUCACAAGGCACACAGACAGAUAUUUCAGGAACAGCACUAUUUUUAGGAAACAAUUAAGUAUGAUAUGUAUAUAGAAAGUAAAAUAAAUACUAUUAAAAGGGCUUAUCCAAGUAUGCAUGGGGCACCACUCGAGUUGCUUGUUCCCCUUCUUAGUUCUUAAGUAGCUUCACAGCUCCAUGAAAGGGUACUCAUCAAUUUUCCCCCUUUUUCUAAAUAUGCAAGCGAAUUGCAGCUUCCCAAAUCCCAAUAUAAAGGAAGGUAUCAUUAAUAAACAGAUCAAGCUAAGAAGAGAAAGAGAUAGAGCUAGUAAUUAAGAAGAUGACGACGGAGAUUAGUUGUGGCACUAAGGAGGCGUUGAGAGAGAUGCUCCGUCCAUGCAUAUCCAUGGUGUUGGUGGAAGGAUGUAUUAUAGGAUUGACUAUAUUGGCGAGCACAGCCAUGGCCAAAGGGAUGAGCCCUUACGUUUUUGUUGUUUAUACCAAUGCUCUUGGAUCAAUACUUUUACUCCCAUUUACCUUCUUCCAUGAUAGGAGUAGAAAUGGAGAGCCACUCUUGACUUUCCCACUUUUUAUUCGACUCUUCGUCCUUGGUUUCAUAGGGGUGACCAUUGCACAAAAUCUGGCAUUUGUUGGGCUAAGUUACAGUUCUCCCAUAGUGGCAUGCGGCAUGGCUAAUCAGAUGCCGGCUUUCUCUUUCCUUCUGGGACUCCUCCUCAGGACAACAAAAUUUGACUGUAAGAGCUCAGGCAGCCGAGCUAGAUUGAUUGGGACCCUAAUAUCUUUCAGUGGAGCUGUCUCCCUCACUCUCUACAAGGGCCCUACAGUCAGAAAUCAGUCGUCGUCUCCCUCGCUGGCUUUUCGGGCUGCGCCGAGGCUGUUGGUUUUCACUUCAACGCAUGAAAAUUGGGUUCUUGGCUGUAUUUUAUUCGCAGCUGCUUCUUUCACUCUGGCCAUCUGGAAUGUUGUCCAGGUGGGGACUCUCAAAAUGUGUUCAAAAGUGAUGAAGAUAAUCUCUCUUUAUAGCUUGUUUGGAACCCUACAAUCAGCUGCACUUGCUAUGUUCUUAGAGAGAGAUCCCAAUGCGUGGAGACUGGACUUCAACUUUGAGCUCCUGAUUAUCAUUCUAACUGCAGUCUUCAGCAGCCUGAUUCGAAUCCAUGUUCAGAUGUGGUGUACUAGGAUACGAGGCCCUAAUUUUGUCCCCAUUUUCAAGCCUUUUGGCAUUCCUUAUGCCAGCGCCUUUGGCAGUUUUUUCUUUGCUGACACUUUCCAUUACGGGAGCAUGAUGGGGGCAUUAAUUUGUGGGGUGGGGUAUUACACGGUGCUGUGGGGCCAAUUCAAAGAUGAAGAGACUAGUAUGAUUGAUAAUAAUUACAAGGGCAAGAUUUCUUCCAUGGAUGAUGACAAAGUCCCUCUAUUGCAAGAUCAAGAAUCUCAAGUUUGAUGACAGACGUACGUACUCAGAAGACUUUGAAGAAAGUGUACAUCAGCUGCCCUGCAGUUAAAAGAGGAUUCUUGAUCGUCUUGUAUUUAUUUGGUUUUGGCUGUGGUUGUGGUUGUGGUUUCAUUUUUUUCUUUUUUUUUUUUUUUUUUUUUUUAUAUAAGAACCUGAACAUAAUUGGUUGUAUAUCCCAGGAUUUGGAAGGGUUUAAUUUUUAGGACCCUCCAUCCACACGCACAUAUAUAUAUAUAUAUAUAAUUUGUGAGAAAAGUCUCUCAGAUUUCGUCCAUUAUAUUGGAUAAUUGUUUUCGUUGACUAUUACAAAGCGUG